CCAACAAGACAUGUAAUAGCGCAAUCACAGAUAAUCGCUGGAAUAUAAAAGCUAUAAGACUCCUUGGUUCAGCCCAAUUGUAAGCAGGAUCAUGGCAAUGGAAGGGCAAUCUAAGCUGGACACUCACAGUGCCUUAUAUUACCACUGGCGCGUUUGGGAGCUCACUGGCCUUAUGUGUCCUGCGGGAGUAUCUCGGUUUGGUUAUCUGGUGUACUCCAUAGUGAUCAAUUCGGUGGUAACCGUGCUGUUUCCCUUGAGCCUCUUAGCCCGGCUGUUGUUCACCACCAACAUGGCCGGAAUGUGCGAGAACCUGACCAUUACCAUUACGGAUAUUGUGGCUAAUUUAAAGUUCGUGAAUGUGUUCUUGGUAAGGGAACAGCUCUAUGAGAUUCGUUCGCUCUUAAAGGUAAUGGACUCAAGGGCCAGGCGUGUAGGAGAUCCCGAGGAACUAUCCGCCUUAAGAAGAGAAGUGGACAUUGCACAGGGCAGUUUUCGAACCUUCGCCCGGAUCUUUGUUUUUGGUACCACCUUAAGUUGUAUCCGUGGGUUUCUACGUCCGGAAAGGGAGCUCCUGUAUCCGGCAUGGUUCGGCAUCGACUGGAUGCACUCCACCACAAACUAUGUGAUCAUUUAUAUCUACCAACUCUUUGGAUUGGUGGUGCAGGCUAUUCAGAACUGUGCCAGUGAUUCCUAUCCGCCUGCGUUUCUCUGCCUGCUCACUGGCCACAUGCGUGCCUUGGAGCUGAGAGUGCGACGGAUUGGCUAUUUGCCGGACAACUUCAAAGAAGAUUACGAUUCCUGGCGGGAAGAGGUGUACGAGGAGCUGGUUGAGUGCAUCCGUGAUCUAAUGCGAGUCUAUCGGCUAAGGGAGAUCAUCCAGCGCGUUCUUUCUGUGGCCUGUAUGGCCCAGUUCGCAUGCUCCGCCGCCGUCCAGUGCACCGUGGCCAUGCACUUCCUUUAUAUGGCGGAUGACAACGACCUCACGGCCAUGAUAAUCUCAAUUGUUUUCUUUACGGCCGUUACUUUGGAAGUGUUUGUCAUCUGCUACUUUGGGGACAGGAUGCGGACUCAGAGCGAGGCGUUGUGUGAUGCCUUCUACGCCUGCAACUGGGUGGAUCAGCUGCCCAAGUUCAAGAGGGAUCUGCUCUUCACUCUGGCCAGAACACAAAGGCCUUCGCUUAUAUACGCAGGCUACUACAUAGCACUCUCACUGGAGACCUUCGAGCAGGUCAUUCGGUUCACCUAUUCAGCUUUUACUCUCCUGCUGAGGGCCAAGUAA